CACUGGAUAGUGAGCAGGACGUCAGACGACGACUUCGCGAUUGUUACUCUGGCGCGUUUUUUUUUAUCUGUCUGUGUAAUGGCUGAGCGUAUCUUUAGCGACGAUUUGAAAUAUCUUCCUGAUUUUAGUUUUGAUGACGUUACAGAAUAUGCUGAAAAGCAUGCUGGGAAUGGAAAUAGCGCCAAGAGAGGAUACAAAUACUUCUGGGAGUCUUUCAUCCACGAUUACAAAGAUGGUCAGAAUUUUUUAAUAAAGGCAAGAUGUUAUCGAUCACAAAGAAAAAACGAGCCACCUCAUUCAUUAUUUGUAACUUUGCGACGGAACAAUGUACUGAGUGCUACUUGCUCUUGUACAGUGGGAGAAGCAAUUUGCUGUCAUUCUUUAGCAUUGUUGUACUGCACUGCGCAUUUCAGCAAUCUCCAACUAAAGAAAGUCCCCCCAGCUAUCACUGGCACUAUGCAAUUACAAUCAUGGCAUCAUCCAAGAAGCGAAGGAUUCAAGCAGCUGCCUAUCCAAAAAAUUAUUAUUCAAAAUCCAUGUUCGAAAUCCAUCAGAACAAUUCGCAGCACUCUACACAAACCUGGAAGAAUCCCGCAAUGGCAGAGCUUUCUAAAUUUUAGUCAAUAUAAUAUUCAGUUAAAUACAAUUUUGCCGUCAAAUCCAUCUUCUGUUGUAAGUAUUUCAACAAAUUUUGGACAAGCACCAUUUGGGAGUCCUCUAGCAUAUCAACAGAUAUGUGAUGAGAAAAGUUUUGAAUUCCCUUCUCUCCCUCUGUCUAGUUUGUCUCCACAGACUAACACGGUGUUAACAGAAAUGCAACACAAAGUGAUGCAAAAUCUGACUUUGGGCAGAGAAGAUUGUAAACACAUUGAAUUUAUGACUCGAAAUCAGUAUAACUCUCCGAUUUGGCACCAACAACGAUAAUUUAGAAUUACAGCAUCCAAAUUUGGCCGAAUUUAUAAACGUGUUUCAAAUUUUGACUCCCUUGCUUCAAAUCUUACUUCUUCCAAAUUAUUUCAAACUGCAGCAA